AUGGAUACACAACAACAACAACAACCACAACAGACUACUUCGAAGCAACCACCUAGAUUGCAGCAAACAAAGACUGAUAAGAAGAAGAAGCCAAUCAGACCAUAUCAUCGUAUAAAGGCUCAUUCAAACCCUCUCUCAGACUGCGACUUUGAUUAUCCUAUAGCUCCACAGUUCUAUGAUUGGUCAAAGCACUAUCCAAAGAUAAUUGGAGGCACUGAUGAGAAGGCUAUUGCUGCUGGUUCGACAACAGCACAGCGUAGAGUGGAGUUUGCAGAUGUUGGUUGUGGAUAUGGAGGUCUGACUGUCAGCCUCUCGACAGCCUUCCCCGACCGACUCAGUCUGGGAUUGGAGAUUCGCGAUAAAGUUGUACAGUACGUCGAGGAGCGAAUCGAGAAGUUGCGCAGCGAGGAGAAGACGAUGCCUGCCGUGCCCGGCGGAGGCGUGUGUGCCGAGGGACCCUACCAGAACAUCUCGGUGCUCAAGACCAACGCCAUGAAAUACCUGCCCAACCUGUUCUACAAGGGACAGCUGCAGAAGAUCUUCUUCCUCUUCCCCGACCCGCACUUCAAGAAGGCCAACCACCGUCGUCGUAUCAUCAGCCCAACACUGCUGGCCGAGUACGCCUACGUGAUGGCUAUUGGCGGACUGGCCUACUUUAUCAGCGAUGUAGAGGAGCUCUACCUGUGGAUGCUCGGUCACUUUAGAGCACAUCCUCUGUUUGAGGAGCUGAAACUCGAGCCCUCGCAAGACCCUUGCAUCCCAUUGAUACUCAACUCCACCGAGGAGGGACGUAAAGUCAAUCGUAUCGAUGGCAAGAAGUGGUAUGGCGUGUUCAGAAGGAUUGAGGCUGGUCAGAAGAAGCCAGUCGAAGCAUCAUCAUCAGAGCCAUCAGCGACAUCAACAACAUCCACGACAUCAACGACCUCAUCGUCGACUUAA